CCCGGCCCUGCCGGCGGCGGCCGCAGUCAGCCCCGUGCCCGCUCCGCCCAGCCGCGGCGGGUCGGACGUCCGGAGCUCGAGGGUCCCCGGCCGAGGUGCCAGGAGGCAUCCCCCAUCCCGUGGCCAGGAGAGCAGCGGGUAGAAGCGGCCAUCAUGCACAGUGGUAUCGCAUCUGCAAAAAGUCCCCGGCGCCUCCCCUGAGUCCAGCCCAAGUUCAAGCCCAGAGCCUGUGAGCCCCCUUGCACCAUGAGCCACGGGCCGAGCCCACGGCUGGCCGAGUCCCCGCAGCUGUCCAAAGGCAGCCUCCUGACCAUUCUAGGCAGCCCGUCGCCCGAGCGCAUGGGGCCAGCAGACUCACUGCCUCCCACGCCGCCCAGUGGCACGCCCUCCCCAGGGCCGCCCCCUACCCUGCCGUUGCCCACACCCUCUGCACUGCUUGCCGAUGGGGACUGGGAGAGCCGCGAGGAGCUGCGGCUGCGGGAGCUGGAGGAGGCGCGCGCGCGGGCAGCGCAGAUGGAGAAGACCAUGCGCUGGUGGUCGGACUGUACUGCCAACUGGCGUGAGAAGUGGAGCAAGGUGCGCGCAGAGCGCAACCGCGCACGCGAAGAAGUCCGCCAGCUGCGCCAGCGCCUGGACGCGCUCACCAAGGAGCUGGCCGGCGCCCGCCGCGAGCGCCAAGAGGUGCAGGGCGAGUGUGAGGCGCGGGGCCGAGAGCUGGCGCGGCUCCGUGGGGCCCGGGGAGCCGCUGACCAGACGCCCGAUGGACCCGAGACGGAGCCGGAGCGGGAACACGAGCCCGUGCGCGAUGUCGGGUCAGAGAGGCCCCAGAGCAGCCAGGAGCUGGAGCUGGUGGAGAACCUGCUGAAGAGCAGACCAGAGGAGCCCGAGGGCUGCUGGGAGGCACGCAGUGUAGGGGCCGGGGGCCCACGGGGCAGCUCGGGCCGCCAGGAGCGCAGCCGGCUGCCCUGGGAGGACACGGCCGCCAUUGAGGAGGACGCCUCCAAGUUGACGGCCCUGCGGCUGCGGCUGGAUGAGUCCCAGAAGGUGCUGCUCAAGGAGCGAGAGGAUAAACUGGCACUGAGCAGGAACAUUGAGAAGCUGGAGGGGGAACUCAGCCAAUGGAAGAUCAAGUACGAGGAGCUGAGCAAGACCAAGCAGGAGAUGCUCAAGCAACUCAGCAUCCUGAAGGAGGCUCACCAGGACGAGCUGGGCCGCAUGUCCGAAGACCUGGAGGACGAGCUGGGUGCGAGGUCCAGCAUGGACAGGAAGAUGGCCGAGCUGAGAGGCGAGAUGGAGCGGCUGCAGGCGGAGAACGCAGCCGAGUGGGGUCGCCGCGAGCGGCUGGAGACCGAGAAGCUGGGCCUGGAGCGGGAGAACAAGAAGCUGCGGGCGCAGGUCGGGGACCUGGAGGAGGCCCUGGCCCGGCGGCGGCGGCAAACAGCCAGCGCGCUGGACUGCGACCUGCGGGCCAGCCAGGCCGCACUCUUCGAGAAGAACAAGGAGCUGGCAGACCUGAAGCAUGUCCACGGCAAGCUGAAGAAACAGUUCCAGGAGAAGGUGGCGGAGCUGGCACACGCCAACCGGCGGGUGGAGCAGCACGAGGCGGAGGUGAAGAAGCUGCGGCUGCGGGUGGAGGAGCUCAAGAAGGAGCUGGCGCAGGCCGAGGACGAGGCCAGGCGAGCCCAGCCCAAGGUGAUGCCCGUGCUGUUGGCCCUGCUCACCCCCCAGCUGGAUGAGGCCCACAACCAGGCACGCAAGCUGCAGCGGUCGCUGGACGAGCAGACGGAGCAGAGCGAGAACCUGCAGGUGCAGCUAGAGCAUGUGCAGUCCAGGCUGCGCAGGCAGCAGCAGAACGCCCCCCUCUUCGGGAAGAUCCGUAGCGCUCGCUUUGGCACCGAGGAAGCCGGGGAUGGAGCCAGCGACCUGGACGAGGAUGAGGACCUGCAGAUCCAGGUGGCCUAGCGCUCCCAGGGCUGGCAGGGCUGGCCCAAGGCCGCGGGCGCCCUGGGCUACCUGGCUGACCGGCCGCUCGAACUGACGCAGUCGCCCGUGCUCGCUCUGGGAGCGACCCCGUCCCUGCCACGGGCGACUCAUUUUCUCCCAGGGUGCACAUCGAUGGCCCACCCUCCGAGGCACGGUGGAAGGAAGCCACAGCCUGUGUUUUUAUAUAUAUAUGUAUGUAUGUAUGCCUAGCGUUAUAAACACAAUACCGCUCCCAGGCCUGGCCUAGACACCCCCGCCCACCCAGGACUUCCCACGCAGGGAGAAGAGGGUGUCACGAGAGGGCCGUGGGGUCCCUAACCCAGCCUGGCCCUCUGAGCCUUGGGGACUGGGCAGGAGCUGUUCGUAGUACAAGGUGAUAAAC